GCUGGGGCGCCUGGCGGGCAUCGGAGUGGACCCGACUCGACCCGACCCGAACCGAACCGAACCGAACCGAACCGAACCGAACCAGCGUCAGUGCCGAUGGCAAGUUGCGGCCAGAAAAGGAUAAUACAAAUAACUGGAUUUAAAAAACAAGAGAAGAAGGCACUGCUCAAAUGCCUGUCCAAGCUGAACUGUGUUUUUGUAGAGAGUAAGAAAUACAGAAAUUGUACACAUCUUGUAGCAAAAAAGCUGUGCAAGAGUGAAAAGGUCUUAGCUGCCUGCGCUGCUGGAAAGUGGGUACUAACUAAGGAGUACAUAAUUAAUAGUGCUGAAAGUGGCAGAUGGCUUGAUGAAACAACGUACGAAUGGGGAUAUGAAAUUGAAAGAGACACCCAUUAUUCACCUCAAAUGCAAUCUGCACCUAAAAGAUGGCGUGAAGAACUGACAAACUCUGGUGCUCCAGGGGCCUUCCACAGAUGGAAAGUUGUCCUCCUUGUUAAGAGAGGCGAUAAACGAAUGGCAUGUAUUAGAAGAGUUCUUAAAGCUGGAAAGGCAACCAUAUGUUCAUCUGAAAAUGCAGAGCACAAUGCAACUCAUGUAUUCAUCGGUGGUAAAAUUUCUUCUAUACAAAAUAAAAAGUGUCUCUCUGGAGCUCGACACUACCCUUUGCAAUAUAUAGGACAUUACCUUUUUCAAAAUGAAAUACAAAAUCCCAGAGAUACACAGAUGAACAGUUUCCUGGCUGCACAAGAAACAGACCAAGUCAUGUCUAAAAUGCAACUUGCUGAAAUGAAAAAUGUUAUUGUAAAACAUAUGUAUUUUACUGCAACUAUUAAGCACAGAUUUAUGGAAACAGACCAGCUGAACAAAUACAAUCCAGAGGUUAAAAGUACUGACUGGUCCAAGGGCACUUGGUCUAUACUUCAAGGAUUAGUGGAAGAGGACUUACUUCAUGAUGUAGUCACAGAACUUGCUGCUGGCCAAAUGUACAGUGCACCUCCUGUGCAACUUCUUCAUCCUCUUCUAGAAUAUGUCCUAUUGGGAAACACCGAUACAGUAUUUUUUGCCAAACUUUGUCAUAUUUUUUAUGCUGUUCUUCAUUAUGAACCUCCCUGGAAGUCCCCUUCGAUGUUGAAGUAUUAUUUGGAUUUUCUUCAGUGUCCUAUCUGUAAGAAAGGCACAUGGUCCUUGAUAGAGAUGCUUGUAAGGUCUUGCCUUUAUUGUGAAACAGUUUGUCAUAUGGUCACACUUUCAGGGACAGAAGAUGAACUGAGGAUAGUUCAUAAAACAUUAUUGAAAUUUUUCUCUGAUUUAGUAAAAGGCGAAGUAGAGUUCCUGACAAAAAGUUUGGUUGAAGGAACAAAUUCACAGCAUCAACAAGUCCUGCCACAGACAGUUCUUCUGAAGACAUUCUUGCUUGAAAGUGGAACCGCAGUGCUUUUUACCAAACACAUAAAUAUUCUAGCAGAUUGGGUCAUAUUUUCCCAUAGAGAAUUAAAUGGAAAAAAUUAUGCUUUCAGAAGUGAAGUUGCUGGUCUAUUAAAUGCAAUUCUUGGAACUGUAGUGGACUAUUGGAUUGUCUCAGGUUUGCUUAUGGACAGGAAUGUGUUUCAUCAAGUGCCUGAUUUGGCGCAUUACGUUGCCAUUUCAUGUGAUGAUUUUUCUGUAUGUCAAUUAAAAAUGUUUAUUUGUGCCAUACCAUCCGACUGGCUUCAACUGUUUGUUGCAGAAGCAAUUUUCAAACAAAUGUGUUUACAGAGGACUAUUGCUGUUUCUACAGAACCUCUUUCUCUUCAGAAAAUAGUUUGUUCCUAUUCACCUGCUUUGCGAGAGAUAGGGAUGCGUGAGACAGAGAUACACAAAGCAAAGAAAAAGAAAAUAGGGCAACAGCCAUGCCCUGAGUCUCAAAGGACAUUACAGAUGCUAAAUGGCGAUAAGCAGAACCAAGUCAAAGUGCUGCCUGAUCUACCUGACUUAAUCUUUAAAAAGCUUAGAGCAAAAGCAGAAGUCCAGACUGCACACACCAAAGAGAGUUAUUUUUUUGCUGAAGAGGUACACAAGAGAAAUAUUAAAGGAGAGACAGCCCUGCAUAAAGCUUGCAGAAAUAACAAAGUGGGGAGAUUGAUUCAGCUUCUCUCUGUGCCGGGAACAGAUGUUAAUGUCAAAGAUUAUGCUGGCUGGACGCCUUUGCAUGAAGCCUGUAACCAUGGUAGCACAGUGUGUGUCCGUGAAAUUCUGGAGCGUUGUCCAGAGGUAGACCUGCUCAGUCAAGUGGAUGGGGUGACUCCUUUGCAUGAUGCACUGUCAAAUGGACAUGUAGAAAUUGGCAAGCUGCUACUUCAGCAUGGGGGGCCAGUCCUUCUAGAGCAAAGGAACUCCCAUGAGAAAUUGCCACUGGAUUAUGUCGAGUCAGUCGCAGUAAAGGAAGAACUUUUGAAUCUUGUCUAUCCAGGAGAGAGCAUUGAAAACUUCUAUGAAUGCAGAGAACAAGAUUUUUGCAAUCAGAAGAAAGAACUGUAUUUGAUUUUAUUUACUAAGAUGCUGAUUAAUUUUUGUUCUGUUUAUAAUUUGUCUACACCCCUGACUGUAACUCUGAGAGCGAUAGCUUGUUCAAAUGUACUUCCAGUAAUGGUUUAUGAUAGCUUUAAGAUGAAAAAUGCAUCUUCUGGAGAUUGGGUGGUAGAUACGUAUUUUAAAGAGCUAGAAACUUUUGAAAAGCUACCACAGUUUCUUCAAGAAAUAUCUGAAAGCAUGUUAUUCUUCCCUGGCGAACAGGCAAAGGCCUUAUUAGCAGUUCUGGAAACUAUGGUAGAAGCAUGUCAGUGCCUAAAUCUUUCUAGCAGUUAAAUUCCAAACAACCACAUGGCUGAAUCUUGAGUGUUACUACCUUCUACUUGCCUAACAGAUCUGAAUGUGUGUGAUCUUAGGAAUGUGCUACAUCAUUUACACUCAGUUAAACUGUCUUGGAAGUUUUGGGGGUUUUUUUAAGUGCCUUGUGCCAUAUUCUCUUUGGUUUUCGGAGGCAGUGACCCUAAACUUAAACCAAACAGUUGAUUGUUUCAUUUCCUGAGAAAGGCUUGUGUCUACAUGUUUUGUUAUCCUUUAAUAAAGCUAAUGUUAUAAAUAUGUCAUGAAAUAAAAACAUAUGGAAAAGCAAAUUCCUUCUAUCCAUUUUCAUCUUAUUAAAAAA